AUGGGAUCACAAUUAAUUCAAUUACAACAAUUACAAUUUGAAAUUGAAAAUAAUACAAGAACAAUAUUAAAUUCAGGAGUGAUUACAGAUGAUGGAAAUUUAUUAACUAUUAAUAACAAUCACAAUGAUGACAUUGAAAAUAAUAAUAAUGAUGAAAAAUUAAAAUCACAAUCUGAAAUUGAUAGAGAAUAUAAUAAACAAUUAAGAACAUUAAAUAAAGGAAGUUGUUGUGACUUUUUUUUCCUUUUAGUUCCAAGUAUAAUACUUGGUGCAAUUAUUUUGGGUUUCCCUUGGUUUAAAGUUUCAUAUAAGGAUGAAUUAGGUUAUGAAAUUUGUAGUAAAAAUAUUUAUGUAACAACACCAUAUAUAAAUAUUGAUUAUAAUAAAGAAUUGGAAAGUGAUUAUAAUAAUGAACAAAGGGAAAAAACAGUAUCAUUUUUAUGUGCAGGAUUAGUUUAUUCGAUUUUAAUAUUUAUAGAUUCAAUUUUCUUAUUACCAGUAUUUUAUUUUAAAAAUAAGAAAUCAUUAAUAUUUGAAAUUUUAUAUUAUUUAAUGGAAUUCUUUUUAGUAAUAUCAAUAAUUACUCAAUAUAAACAAUUUUUAUUUUUUCCACAACAUUAUAAAGUUAAUGGUUGUGUUUUUAGAAAUAAUUCAAUGUCAAAUAAUGAAUUAUACGUUAGUUUCUAUGUAUUAUCAAUUAGAGUUAUGAUUAUAAAAUCAAUUCGUUUAAUUUUAUGUUUUAGAUGUAUUUGUAAAGCAAAAAAAAUUAAAAAUCAAAAAGAAUUACAAGAAAAUUUAAAUUUAAAAAGAAAAGCUUCAACUUUAAAUUUAACAGUUCAUUCAUAA